UUGGCUGGCUGCCCAGUUGAAACCGGCCAGGCGUGGACUGGGCUUUUCUUGAUUUUGUGCUGUUCUGCACAGAAAUUCUGGUUUCCUCCUUUCUUUGCAGCUGAAGGCCAAAAGGGGCUUCGUUAUUUGCAUCCGAAACAAAAAGGCUAGUUAUGAUUUCCAUUCUUGUUCCGUAAUUCAGUAGAAAUCUGGGUUCCUUCUCUUUUGGUCUAUUGGAGCUCAAAUGAUCUCAAAGGUGCCAUCUUUACCCUGCUUUAACUCUUCUCUUUAAUGGGUUAUUAUGUGCUCGUAGCUUGGAAAUCUGGUUUUUAUCUCCUUUAUUAAUCCCCAAGAUUUGAUCUUUAUUUUCUUGAAUUUGAGCGUUUUCUGCUGUUUUUUAUGAUGGUUUGGAGGGUGAUGAAGUUGUUGCUUUGGGCUUUAUUCAUAUUGUAUUUGGCGUGCUUUGCUAAUGGAUUUACUCCUCAAGAUAUGUAUCUUAUAGAUUGUGGUUCAUCUAGUGAUACUAAGGUGGAUGACAGAACUUAUCUCUCUGAUAAAUCCGCUGCAAAGUAUCUUUCAACUCCACAAGAUAUUUUGGGCACUACUAGUUCAAAUUCUAUAACAUCAUCUGAAGAUGCACAACUCUAUAAAACUGCUAGAAUCUUUACUGGAACCUCUAGCUAUAAGUUUUCUAUCAGCAAGAGUGGGAGAGUCUGGAUCCGCCUGUAUUUCUUCCCUUUUAUUUAUAACAAUUUCAAUAUGAACUCUGCAAGUUUCUCAGUUUCCACCCAAAAGAAUGUCCUCCUUGGAAACUUUACACCCAAGGAUCCUACUAUGAAAGAAUUUUUAGUAAACGUAACAUCAGGGGAACUUGUGAUCACUUUUGCUCCUUCAAGUGCUUCAUUUGCGUAUGUAAAUGCUCUGGAAGUUGUCUCAGCACCAGAUUCUCUCAUCACGGAUGAUGCUGUUACAUUCAAUCCGUCAGGAACAUUCCACGGUCUAGUGAAUUACACACUUGAAACUGUUGCAAGAGUCAAUAUGGGUGGACCUCUCGUGACAUUGAAGAAUGAUACAUUGUGGCGAACUUGGGUCAAUGAUGGAAGUUUUUUGGUUUCACCCAGCUUUGCAGUUACAAAUAAGUCCUUGAUUGGAUCUGUCAAGUAUCCCGGUGGUUAUGCAACGGAGGAUAUUGCUCCACCAACUGUCUAUGGUACUUGCACUAAAAUGAACUCGAGUGGUGAUCCUAACAGUAAAUUCAAUGUCACAUGGCAGUUCAAUGUGGAACUUGGCUUUCAAUAUAUGGUUAGGUUACAUUUCUGUGACAUAGUAAGUGAUGCUGCAGAUGAAAUUUUUUUCAAUGUAUUCAUCAACUCGUUCAAUGUUGCUCCAGAUUUUGGACCAACUGUAAAGGUAGGAUUGGCAGAUGCUUUCUACAUGGAUUAUGUCACUCCAUUAGCCAAUAAUAAUACAGUGUAUGUCAGUAUUGGCCCAUCAACUGUUAGUGCUUCUCCUGAUGCCUUUCUAAAUGGACUAGAGAUUAUGAAACUGAACAAUUCCUUGGGUAGCCUCAGUGCUGCAGUAUCCGAGCCUCCUCCUUUUCGCCAAGGCUCAAAAAAGAAUGUGGGUAUGAUAGUUGGUCUUAGCAUAGGAGUGCCGCUUGCUUUACUGGUGGCUCUGAUUGUCUUUCUUAUGCGUAGAAGAAAAAAGCAAGUGCGUCUUGGUCAUACAAAGACAUGGAUUCCUAUUUCCAUCAAUGGAACCGCAUCCCAUACAAUGGGAAGUAAAUACUCCAAUGGGACAACCAUUAGUACUGCUUCUAACUGGAGUUAUCGCAUUCCUUUUGCUGCAGUUCUAGAAGCAACAAACGACUUUGAUGAGAGUUGGGUAAUCGGCAUCGGGGGCUUUGGGAAGGUUUACAAGGGGGUCUUGAAUGAUGGUACUAAAGUUGCUGUUAAGAGGGGCAAUCCAAGGUCUCAGCAGGGUCUAUCUGAGUUCAGAACUGAAAUUGAGAUGCUUUCACAAUUCAGGCAUAGACAUUUGGUAUCACUGAUUGGAUACUGUGAUGAAAAGAAUGAGAUGAUUCUAAUUUAUGAAUACAUGGAAAAUGGGACAGUCAAGAGUCAUCUCUAUGGCACUGAUCUUCCCAGUUUGAGUUGGAAACAGAGGCUUGAGAUAUGCAUUGGAGCAGCCAGAGGACUACACUACCUUCAUACGGGCUCAACAAAAGCUAUCAUACAUCGUGAUGUAAAAUCUGCAAAUAUAUUGCUGGAUGAGAACUUUUUGGCAAAAGUUGCUGAUUUUGGACUCUCUAAGAGUGGACCGGAGGUUGAUCAAACCCACGUGAGUACAGCCGUAAAGGGAAGUUUUGGCUAUCUCGAUCCCGAAUAUUUCAGAAGGCAGCAGCUGACUGAAAAAUCAGAUGUUUACUCUUUUGGGGUCGUAUUGCUUGAGGUUCUAUGUGCAAGGCCUGUGAUAGAUCCAUCUCUUCCACGUGAGAUGGUGAAUUUAGCCGAAUGGGCUAUGAAGUGGCAGAAGAAAGGACAGCUGGAGCAGAUUAUAGAUCCUAAUCUUGUUGGAAAAAUUAGACCGGAUUCCCUCAGGAAGUAUGGAGAAACAGCAGAGAAGUGCUUGGCAGAUUUUGGGGUAGACAGACCUACAAUGGGAGAUGUCCUGUGGAAUCUGGAAUACGCACUUCAACUUCAAGAAGCUGUAAUUCAAAAUGAUCCUGAAGAAAACAGUACCAAUGCCAUUGGUGAGCUCUCUCCACAAGUCAAUAAUUUCCAUCAUGCUGAUUAUACUCCUUCAGCCGCUGAAAUGUCUCAUGUGGAUGAUCUUUCGGGUGUUUCUAUGAGCAGGGUCUUCUCACAACUUGUGAAGUCUGAGGGUCGAUAACUGAAGUGAAAAAUGUGUUAUGUGCAAUGUGUUUUGAUCUUCUCCCAAUGCCAUAGUAGUUUUUCUUUACCGCUACCUGUAAGAGUGAAUCUAAAGUUAUAGCCUCAUAUAGGGAUUCAGGGAUUCUCAUUUUCUAGGUCCAUGUAUGUUCUGUUAUUUAUGUUCAUAUAAAUUCUUCUCGUUAUAUAUGUUGAUCUGCCUCUCAGCUUAUCUA